GCUGAGCGCCCGCUCGGGAUGUUAAGUGCACUUAUCUGCAGCAGGUACAGGUCCUGUCACUCUCACACUUGGGAUUGUGUUUGACAGCGCCGCGUGGCUAUUCUAGCUCUGAAGUGACUUUUUUUUCUCGAGUUUUUGGGGAACUUUUUCAGCAGAGAGACUUGUGGGAACAGUUAAAAUUGUCACAAAGUCACGUCUGCAAAUGAAGCUGGAAGUUUUCUGUGGGGGUCACUACGACUCCAAGCCCGUGGAGCUCUGCAGCGACGCAGAGGGCAGCAUCCCGUCUCCGAUGUCUGCGGAGGAAGAGCUGGGCUCGGAUGGAGACUGCGUGGCGCACAGUCCGGCACCUGUUCCUCCGGGCGCUGAGAGCAAAGGCAAGCCCUAUACCCGGAGACCCAAGCCCCCGUACUCUUACAUCGCUUUGAUUGCCAUGGCUAUCCGGGACUCGGACUCGGGCCGUCUCACUUUAGCCGAAAUCAAUGACUACCUCAUGAAAAAGUUCCCGUUUUUUAGAGGCAGCUACACCGGCUGGAGGAACUCGGUGCGCCACAAUCUGUCUCUAAACGACUGCUUUCUGAAGGUGCUUCGGGAUCCUUCCAGACCGUGGGGCAAAGACAACUACUGGAUGCUGAAUCCGCACAGCGAAUACACCUUUGCGGACGGAGUGUUUCGUCGAAGGAGAAAGCGCAUCAACAAAAAAACAGGCAAGGAGCCAGAGGGGCCGAGCCAAGCUGCUGCAGUGGACACCAGGGACUCUAUCGUUACGCCUCCUUCCAGCGCCAAGUUUACGAGUUCUUUCGCCAUUGACAGCAUCCUCAGCCGACCUUUCAGGAAAGAGGAACGCCCCGUUCACAAAGCUGACACCUGGCAAGGGGGAGUGGACAUGUUGCCUUAUGUCAUGCGGGGCUCCCCUGUCGCUCUCACUCACACGCAGGUGCUUCGAUCCUACGGGUCCCCCGAGGACCCUGCCAUCAGCUACCGUCACCAACGAGACUUUUUCCCUUUCCAGCUGACAUCCGAUUGUCUCUCGAUCCCACACACCACAGCAGUAGCACCCGUGCCAGCGUCUGCAUAUAGCCCGUUCAAGAUUGACUAUUUGUUGUCAUAAUAUUGGGUGGGUCUUGGGUGGGGAACUUCGGCACUUUCUGAGCACUUGUGACUUGACAAAGACAUUUUGCAAAACACAUUUCAUCCGCCUGCAUAAAUCGCCUUUUGGUAAAUCGUUCGGAAAGUUUUAUGCAAAAUGAAAAGGAGUGAACACAAAGUUGUGAACUAUUUAAUAUACUAUUUUUAUUGUGCUACUGAACGGUUGUGUUGUUCUAAGUUGUUUUCAAUGUAUUUAUUUGUCAUUUGUGUUUAAGUGUGUUGAACCAGGUGCCUCAAACGAUUCUUAUAAAAGUAAAAUAAGAUAGGCUUGUAUUCAUUUCAGAUUUACUAUUCAAGAUGAACUAUUCGAGAGACAAACUCAGUUUGAGUUCUUAUAUGAAAAGUGAGGCUCCUGCAUCAAUCUCGUUAACUGGAAUUAAUGUAUAUGUACUGACAGAAUGCAUGCACAUUUUAUAUUGAAUAAUAAAACAUUCUUUAAAAUUAAA